GGGUUGUACACCCCAAACCUUGUUUCAUCUCAAUGGAUGGCUUAGAUAUUCAGCAACAGCUUGUGGCACACGAGAAAAUGUCCCAUGAAAUUUGUACUUCCAUCUUCUGCAGACUUGCCCAACUUGACAUGUGCUUCUCAAAAGACACUCCUGGGAUGAUAUGGAGGAAAUACAUCGAGCCCGAUUAUGCGACAAUUGUUCUGUCCAAUGCCGACCCACUGACCGUGCACUCCAUUAGGGCUAGCUUCCAGGAGGGAACCGCCUCUUGCAACCCAACAUCAUGCCGCAUGUGGUUUAUUCCAGCUAUUCUCCUAGAUGGCUGGGUGGUUUAUGCAUUUGACAUGCUGCGCAACCGAAUCGUCGUUUAUGAUCCUGCUGUUGGCCCAUUCGGAUACAGUAAUCGCCGAGUCAGCAUGCAUGAAUUUGUGAGCAACAAACUUCAUGCUGCUCUGUUUAACUGCCUCUACAGUUUUUUCAGUCCAUGGCAUUGUGAAUCAACUCACUGGACACGUACAUUUCCAAUCAUAAUGAGAGAACAAUUUCACAAGGACGAAGCCGGAUUGUGUGCCACUUUUUUUUGCAAGGAACUAUGACGGUGACAAGUUGCAAAUCCCACUCACCAAAGAAACACUCGUAUCGCACAUCAAACUCAUGUUGUACGAGCUGAUGAGGACGCAAGGAAACCAAACAAAAGAUGCCAGCGACUCGCUCAAAGCAAUUAAAGGGUCGUUUGUCGUUCUAUAGGCAAACAUUGUUGUUUUAAGGAAGAGGUAGCCAUUUAUGUGACAACUUGACUAGAUAUGGCAUUUGUGUGUCUGGCAUCUUCCCAUUUUAAUCCCAUGUUGUAAUGAAGCUUAUCAGAGCUAAAUGCAAACAAGUUAUGACAAA